AUGAAUUUGUUAAUGCGAAGAACUGAGAGAGUGCAGGAAAAGCUCGAAACCAUAGUGCAGCUGGAACGGCUAUCACGGACACCGUUUGAAGUAACCAGAGAGCACUUCACUUGCAGUAUAUGUUAUGAAAUCUUUAAUAAUGCGGCAAACGUGAAUCCCUGCAACCAUGUAUUCUGCCGCAGUUGCAUCUUAACAUGGGUAGCUGCACACCCACUCGUGCCUACUUGUCCAGAGUGUCGCGCUCCAAUCCGGGGUGUGAAAACAAGUGCGCUGAUCAACUCGUUCGUUUCUAAUGUUCAGCCUUGUUGGUCAGAAAGAUCUAGAAUACUCGAAAGCAUAAAUCCUGUGGUCGGAUCGCUGAGAGAGAUUCUUCAAACAAUGCGUGAGGUCGCUCCCCGUGUUUCUGGAUGCAUGUCUGAUGGUUGCGCAGGGUGA